AUGAGCUCCGCGACUCAAGGAAGCAAUGGGUUUGCACGAGGUUGUCGCACCAAUAAAACAGAUAAGAAGCGUCGAAGUUGGUCGACGAGCGAACAAGAAGUCCUAUUGGCUGCCUUGAAGGAGUUGGUCGCCCAAGGAUGGAAAUCCGAUAACGGAUUUCGCGCGGGAUACUUGAACAAGUUGGAGGAGGCAAUGAAAAAGACAUUUCCUACUACCGAUUUGAAGGGCAUGCCUCACAUAAACUCCAAGACGACCACGUGGAAGAAGGAGUACUAUUCUUUAUGCUUGAUGUUGUCAAAUAGUGGAGUGGGUUUCAAUGUGGAUGGCAAGCACAUGAUUGACUGCACUGACGAACAGUGGGAAGCUAUUACGAAGAAAGAUAGAAAUGCAUUAAAUAUGCGCUAUAAGAGCUGGCCUUACCUUGAUCAAUGGAGAGAGAUUUUCGGGAAAGAUAGGGCGACGGGUGAAGAAGCUAAAGACCUAAUGGAAGCGGCUCAUCAAAUGUACCACAAAAUCGAUCUUAGCCAAGAACAGGUCGACGGUGACUAUCACGUGUCUCUCGAAGAUGUUGAUGAGACCGUGGAUACUAAUGAUAGCACCAGCCAAACCCAGAAGCCAGAGCCUGUCCUGCGCCCAUCUAGCAGGAAGAGGAAGCAACGAGACGAGUCCGACAAACUGUUCGAGGUGUUGGCAGAAAUCGGGCACGGGACAAAGGAGAGACUCGACACAAUUGCUGGGCGAAUGGGAUAUGAUUACGAUGUAUCCGCAGCAAGAAAGCAUCUAUUCUCACAACUGACAGCUAUCCCCGGUCUGUCCCAAAAAGCAAUAUUUGAGGUGACCGACCUACUUGCCAAGGAGGUGGAACGCCUCGAUGUGUUUACCAGCCUGCCGGAUGAAGCAAAAGCAGAUUACGUCUACUACUUGCUUGACAUGAUAAACAAGUAG